GGCAGUAAGUUUCCUCCUCUCGAACGAGCAAGUUGAAUUGAUCGCACCUUCCGACAUGGACCUAUACUAUCUGCCUCUGGUCGGCGCUUGCCGCUCUGUUCUGAUGGUGGGCAAGGCCCUGGGUCUGGAAUUUAACAAGAAGAUAAUCAAUACCCUGGAGGGGGAGCAACUGAAUCCGGAUUUCAUCAAGAUCAACCCCCAGCACUCGAUUCCCACGCUGGUGGACAAUGGCUUCACCAUUUGGGAGUCGCGUGCCAUUCUGGUUUACCUGGUGGAAAAGUACGGAAAGGACGACUCCCUGUACCCCAAGGAUAUUCAGAAGCAGGCGGUGAUCAAUCAACGCCUUUACUUCGACAUGGCCUUGAUGUAUCCCACCCUGGCAAACUACUAUUACAAAGCAUUUACCAACGGUCAGUUUGGCAGUGAGGAGGAUUACAAGAAGGUGCAGGAGACCUUCGCUUUUCUGAACACAUUCCUGGACGGCCAGGACUACGUGGCUGGUGACCAGUACACCGUGGCCGACAUUGCCAUUCUCGCCAAUGUGUCCAAUUUCGAUGUUGUGGGAUUCGACAUCGGCAAAUAUCCGAAUGUGGCCAGAUGGUACGACCAUGUCAAGAAGAUUACCCCUGGAUGGGAGGAAAACUGGGCGGGUGCACUGGAUGUAAACUGUUCACACGGUUAUCGCCCCAGCAAAAUGGAUUUCUACUACUCACCUCGAAGCAGUGGCUCCCGCACCAUUAUCAUGGUAGCCAAGGCUCUUGGAAUCGAACUUAACAAAAAGCAGCUGCGUCUCACGGAAGGAGAACAUCUGAAGCCAGAGUUCGUGAAGCUCAAUCCCCAGCACACCAUUCCCACGCUGGUGGACAACGGAUUCACCAUCUGGGAGUCCCGUGCUAUCGCCGUCUAUCUGAUAGAGAAAUACGCCAAAGACGACUCCCUUUUCCCCAAUGAUCCCCAGAAACGUGCCCUGAUCAAUCAGCGAUUGUACUUCGAUAUGGGAACCCUGCAUGAGUCCUUCAUGAAGUACUAUUACCCCUUCAUCCGUACCGGUCAGCUUGGAACUGCCGAGAAUUACAAGAAGAUCGAAGCUGCCUUUGGAUUCCUGGACAAAUUCCUUGAGGGCCAGGACUACGUGGCUGGUGGCCAGCUCACUGUGGCCGACAUCGCCAUCCUCUCCAGCGUUUCCACGUUCGAAGUGGUGGAGUUUGACAUCAACAAGUAUUCGAAUGUGGCCCGGUGGUACGCCAAUGCCAAGAAGGUUACUCCCGGAUGGGAUGAAAACUGGGCGGGUCUGCUACAAAUGAAAACAAUGUACGAGGCACAAAAAUCCUCAUCAAAGUAA